AUGGAGGCAGUCCGGAACAAGCAGGUCCUCUUCCGAGGAUUCAUCACGGCGGCGCCAAAGGAGACGGAUAUGGAGUUCAGAGUGGGGACGGCGGAGCUCCGGAUCCCCGAGGGUUUCAAAGGGGUACUCGUCAAGAAUCUCUACCUCUCCUGCGACCCCUUCUUGAGGAGCCGAAUGAGGGAAUUCUACAACUCUUACAUUCCCCCGUUCACUCCUGGAUCGGUAAGGACGAUUAGGCAAUCUCUGUGUUCCGAUUUCCCGGCUUGUGAUCGGUAUUUCUGCUCUGGUGUUUUGCCUCCCUAUUUUCUGGAAUUCAGACCCCAUUCAUGGAUGCUCUGGAAUGUUUACUUUUCCUACCGUUUUGCCUCCCUUUUUUCUCCAUCCUUUUUUUUUUGAAUUCGUAUCUCGUGUGAUCCGUGGAUGUUGUGAUGUGUUUACUGUUCCUGCUGUUCUUGCUCCUGUGAAGGUCGUGGAAGGAUUUGGGAUUUCCAGAGUUGUGGAGACAAAUGACGAAGGUUUCAGACCAGGGGAUCUGGUCUCGGGACUUACGGGUUGGGAGGAGUAUACUCUGAUCACGAGCACGGAUCGAUUGAGAAAAAUCCAAGUAGACGAGAAGAUUCCUCUCUCUCAUCAUCUCGGUCUUCUUGGUCAGUCUAACCCUUCGUCCCUUGCUUGCCUCACGAACAUGGUUUGAUUUUUCUCCGCUGUUCUUGAGCAGAUCAAUCUGAGAUCGCAGCUCAAUCAUGCACGUAUGCCGGGGUUCACAGCCUACGCUGGUUUCUAUGAGGUCUGCUCUCCGAAGAAAGGGGAGCGCGUCUUUGUCUCCGCAGCAUGCGGAGCCGUCGGUCAGCUCGUCGGCCAGCUAGCGAAGCUCCACGGCUGCUACGUCGUCGGGAGCGCCGGCACCAAACAAAAGGUGAACCAAAGUUCAUGUGAAUUUGCAGAGAUGAACUUCCUCCGGUGGGGAAUUGAGACUUCUCUUUCAGGUUGAUCUUCUCAAGAACAAGUUCGGAUUUGACGAUGCUUUCAACUACAAGGAGGAGCCGGACCUAGCUGGCGCCAUGAAAAGGUCAGCGGCACCUGAUCUUCUUCUCCCUCUUCUUCUUCAUCAUCAUUAUCAUCAUCUGUUCAUCCAUCUUCAGGUACUUCCCGGAUGGGAUCGACAUCUACUUCGACAACGUGGGCGGGGCCACGCUCGACGCCGCCCUUCUGAACAUGAGGAUCCGCGGGAGGAUCGCCGCCUGCGGGAUGAUAUCUCAGCACAGCCUCUCCUUCAAGGAAGGGAUCCACAACCUGUACAUGCUGAUCCCGAAGAGAAUAAGGAUGGAGGGCUUCAUUCAGAGCGAUUACCUCCACCUGUUCCCUCAGUUCCUCGAUCGCAUUGGAGACCUCUACAAGGAAGAGAGGAUCGUCUACAUGGAGGACACGCACCAGGGCCUCGAGAGCGCUCCGGCGACCUUAGCCGGGCUGUUCUCCGGCGAGAACGUCGGGAAGCAGGUCGUCUGUGUUUGCAGAGAAUGA